AUGGCGAAGUCUAAUUGGACAAGAAAACUCGAAGCACAAAACAGUAGCACAAGGGUUCAGCGACCCCAGAGCACCGCAAUCGUUACCCGAAUCGGAUUUGGAGUCGCAUCGCAACAAAACACAUCCACUUCUUCAAAGUUACCCAUCCAAAAGAUUGUCCGUGUGCCCACUGCGUCGUGGGUUUUUGGACUCAUCUCACGUGGAGCCUGCUCCAGCUUGCCCGGCCUGAUGCUGGUGAGGGAUGAUGAGGAUGCAAUGCAAGCGAAAGACACUGACGAGCUGAAUUGCGCACCUCAUCUUUUCCUAUUCCAAGGUACCGUCACAACUCGCUUCAUCAUAAUCCUCGCCAAACUCCCUAGCUCCGGCGACGACAACUAA